AUGAAGACAUCAGCAGCUGUCGUCCUCGUCGCCUCGGCGCUUGCCUCAGCCCAAUUCAUGUACAACUCGACGAUAGGCCGGUACAACUGCCCUCGUCCCAACGCGGCCUUCUGCACCAGCGACUCCCUUCGCACGGACGUCAUCAUCCGCUGCGACGCCAACGGCCACGGCCUGGCCGCCAGCUGCAGCAACAACCUCGCCGGCCAGUUCCCCCCCGGCGUCCUGCAGCUCGCCCGGUGCUGGCAGUCCCAGUCUCAGUCCGGCGACGCCGCCUGCGAGAAGAACUGCAUCGUCUACGCUGCCCAACCCUUCCAGCUCCCGUCCAGCGUCUGCACGCCGUACGCGACCGCGUCCGGUACGGGUGCCGGGCCGUCGACGACGAACCCCAUCGCCCCCCAGCCGUCCACCAACAACGGCACCAACACCAGUUCCGUCCUCUGCGCCGUGGCCUACGGGAACCGGAACCGGCCCCUCCGCUGGUGGACCUGGCCCUCCGCUGGUGGACCUAGCCCCUCCGGCAACGGCACCGUGCCGACCGAGAGCGGCGGUGACUCUGGCAGCGCGUCGGGUACGCGCACCCCCAUCCCGCCCUCCAAGUCCAUCACCGGCGGCAUCACCCCGGUGCCCACCGCCGGCGCCGUGCAGAACAGCGCCGGAUACCUCGCCCUUGCGGGUCUCGUGGCCGCGUACUUCAUCUAG